CAGAAACAUCUAAACUUCUAAAGAAAGAAACCACCAGAAGAAGAAGAGCAGAAAACCCGCCAUUCGCCAAAAGAAAACAAUCAGAACACUCACAGAGAGAGAAAGAGAGAGGGAGAGCUUCCAAGCCCUAAAACUCAGAGCUUGUCCACGAUGAGUACCAUGAAAUUUUGCCGCGAAUGUAACAACAUUCUGUACCCGAAGGCGGACAAGGAACAUAAGAUCCUCCUCUACGCCUGCCGCAACUGCGAUCACCAGGAGGUUGCUGAGAACAACUGUGUCUACAGAAAUGAGAUACACCACCCCGUUGGCGAGCGCACUCAAUUAUUGCAGGAUGUAGCUGCAGAUCCUACUCUUCCUCGAACUAAAGCCGUGCGUUGUGCUAAGUGCAAGCAUGGAGAAGCUGUAUUCUUUCAGGCAACUGCUAGAGGAGAGGAGGGUAUGACAUUGUUCUUUGUUUGCUGCAACCCCAGCUGCGGCCACAGGUGGCGAGACUAAGAUUCAAGGCCACCACUUAAUGUUCUCAGUUUUCCUUCCGUCGGAAACACAUGUUGCUCAAAACAAAUGUAUCGUUUUCCAAAAAGGUAACUAGGAUGGAGAUUACUUCUAAAGACCUGUGUUGAAAGUACUUCUGCAUUUGUUCAGACUAUCUUUUGACAUCCAAUUUGUGUGCACUCAAAUAUUACUUUUUGUUUUUGCCACAACACCUUGCUUCCUCGCAAUUUCGAAUCACAAAGGGCAACAGGCAGGGCCUUUUUUUUUUUAA